CUCAUAUGGCUACUAGAACGCAACGUUUCGUCUGCCUUACCAGUGAAAGCAUGGACGAAUAUCAAUACACAUCAAAAGUUAUCCGAAGCAAAUACGGAAAAGCAUGACCAAGGACGAGCACGCACCAGGUUGGGAUUACUACCUAGAAGACGUCUGGUGGCCUAGAUUUCGUCAGCAGCAAAAACGGAGAGGAUCAGGAGACAGUUCAGAGAAUGAAUUAUGCCGAACAGUUCCCACAGAAUAUUACUCUCGACAUCAGAUGCUCAGAACAGAAAGUCCGAACUACAUUCUAUCUCCUAGUUCUCAAGGCCAGAAAGGCUCCGCACCUGUCUACACUUAUCGGCCAGGAACCACAACAGUACAGCCACAGAAAUCAUGGCCUACUCGGGCUCACGAUGGCUCAAUGGAACAAAAGCAAAUGCUCUCAAAUCGAAGGGAAUCAGCAACACCAUCUGAAACUGAUAUCUUUCAGUUCUAACAAUUUUUACAUUACGGUUUAUGAAAUAUUACAGUAAUUAAAAUUCAGCAACAUGACAUGAAAAUAAAGCAUAAUAAUACAUCUGCCUAGAAGUAAUCUAAACCUUUUUCGAUUAAAACACCAAAAUUUCCAUGUUUAUUACUGUAGUAAAUAUUACUAUAGCAAAUAAAUUUCAGUAAACUUAAAGCAAUUAAAGAAAAUCUCAUUUUAAAAGUGUGUAAUACGUAAUAAAGUAAAAUUCCCAUAAUGUUAUUAUCAAAAAGAAGAAAUAAUAUUCAAAUAUACUUCACCUCUAAAUUUUAUUUUCUUUUGCAUAAUAAUAGUCAUAGGGGAAAAUGUAAUGCUGUAGUGGAUGACAGAUUGCUUUAAAGCAAUUCCCUCUUGAAUCUACUGAAUUUAAUUAGUACUUUUGAAGAUGGGUUAAUUAAGGAAACUGCCGCUAUCAAAUCUUGCUUAUACUGAAUUUUAAUAUAUAUAUAUAUAUAACUAAUUUUUUUCUGUUGUAACUUAGUUUGUUUGUUUCUUUGACCAAGAUUUCCUGUACGAAAUUAUUAUCAACAUUAAAAAAUAUUGAAAAUAUA